UAGGGAUUUCCCAUAUUUUGGAAAUUCAAAAUAAAAAGUUGUCUAUUUUAAGUUUUUAGGUCAUAUAAGUCUUAUCGAAAUGUGUAUAUUCGUGUAAAUUUAUACAGGCAGGUUAUAUCACGUCCAAUGUAGUCAACGAUCGUGAGAUAAACAUGAUUAUGGAAACACUCACACAUGUUACCAAUCAAGUAUAGCUAGUACACAUAGAUGAUUAAACCAGGAACAUGAUUCUCACGAGACAUUCCACAUUGACAUUUUCAAUAAUCAGAAGUCAUUGGAGAACUUUGAAAAGUCUACACAUCAAGCCUGACAUUAAGCAACAUGUGACAAGAUGUUUGAAACACUCCAAGGCCACUUCAUUGUUCUGCAAUAGGCUCAAAGCUGUAGGUGAAGCUGCAGUGGUUGAGUUAGAUCUCAAUAUGGACGUCUUAGUUGAUAAGGAGUCAUACCUGAGAAUGUGGAAGAGUAUAAACUCAAGAGGGCUGGUUCAUUUAAAACUCAAAGACAUGAAAGAAACCUAUGCAGAAUAUGAUGAGCUGAAACAGCAGAGAGAAAAUUUGGAGUUAGAAAAGGAUACCAUAUCUCAGAAGUUUAGUGAGCUUAUGAAAAACAAGGAUGCUGUUGACAAGAAGACUUUAGAUGAAGAGAAGAGGCUGCUGCAGGAGAAAGGGAAGGAAGUGAAGCAACAACUGAAAGACACUCAGGUUAAGUUUGCUGAUUUAGAAGAGAAAGUGAUUACAUUUGUUUUACAGCUGCCCAAUUAUGUGCAUGAUUUAGCACCAAAGGGUGUGUCAAGGAGGCAUUUAACUAGACAGUGGUAUCCUCCUAAAGAGUUUGACUUUGAAGCCAAAUCUUACAUGGAAUUGUGUGGAGAAAAUCUGGAAUUCAGCCCCAUGUCCCCCAAAGCUUACUACCUGAAGGGUAAACUGGCCAUGCUAGAGCAGGCCCUCAUACAUUAUACAACAGAUCACCUUCUUGAAGCAGGCUUUGAGCAGAUGUCAUGCCCUGAUAUGUUCAAGACACCAGUACUUGAAGCUUGCUCCUUGUAUUCUGAAGAGAAGAAGAAG